AUGUUUGGCAAAUCGAAGGGUAGACAACGCUUACCACAUAAUUCAGGUUUCAGGAAACCGCGACCACCGAAGAAAGCCAAAAAAAGGGGUGCCGUACGAGGCGAUUUUUCACUGCCAUCGGACACAAACACUGAGACGUCAAAGAUUCACGUGCUUUACGAGACGGCAAUUACUGUUUGGGACAAUAGGAUCCGUGAUAAGUCUGACAAGAAACUGGCUCAGGAGAAGCGACAGCGAAGGUUUAAAGUUUGUCCCAGAAGUGGCAGAGUACGUUCUAGCGCAAGACAGUGGUACCUAGCAGAAAUAGCCGAAAAUAAGGAAAAUGAAGCAUCUGAAAAAUGUGAAAUUGGCGAUCGUGAUGAAGUCCUCAAUGCAAAACCAUCAGUACGAGACAUUACUUUAGAAUACUUUGUGGUUAACCGAUGCGCAAAAGUUACUACGAAAAAAAGGAAACAGGAAACACUUCGAAAACAUGCUGUGAAAUUUGAGUAUUCACUGAAAAAGACACUGGAAGGUUUGUCAUCGAAAGCUGCCUGCCAUAAGCUACCAAGUCCAGCGAACCUUUGCCCUUCAACGAUGUUCGCCAAUGUAAAAUGUUUUAAGCGGGGUCUUGGCAAUCAGCCAUCAUUAUACGACUAUGACUACUGGAAAGAAAAGGGAUACGGCAUGCCAGGAUGUCACUGCGGUCUGUUUAAUCGCGAUACGGCUUUUUCCAGCGAUCUCUCUUGUGGACUUUAA